AUGUCUGGGGAUACAGUACUUGGAUGGUUUAGAGUGUUCCUGCCUCUUACUCUGAUAUGGAUUCUUUCAUCUUCAACAGUUGAAUGUCAGGAGUGUUCUACAUCAGGGUUGAAUGUGUAUGGUGGUUAUCAGUAUGUCUUCUACCAUGAUGGUCAAAGGACAUUCUCUGAAACACGUGCAAACUGUCAAAGCUUAGGGGGUGACAUGCCAAUCAUCAAAUCAGCUGAAAAAAAUGAUUUCAUAGCCAGGAAAUUAUUAACAGAUGGAGGUCACUAUUACAUCGGCUUAGAAGACAUGGAUGAGGAUGGUACAUACAGAUGGAUUGAUGAAACGGCCCCUGGGUACACCUACUGGGAUUCUCCUCUAUAUACGGACCAACAACCACCUUACUGUGCUGUGAUGAGGUCUGGAUCGAGCCUCACUGGCCCAAUACAUGGACGAUGGAAUCGAGUAGCCUGCACAUCAACUAGACGACAUAUCUGCCAAAUACCUAUCGACGUUGACUGUAGAUGGCAAGAGUUCGAUGAAUCUCAGUAUCUCAUCAAGUACACACCUCGUGCAACGCCAAGUGAUGCCAGGGAAACAUGUCAAAGUUACGGCGGUGAUUUGGCUAUCAUCAAGACAGCCGAAGUCAACGCAUUCCUCAAAGAGCUUCUGCCUCCAUUUAAUCCAAGUGAUAUAUGGCUUUGUUACCUUUUCGGGAUUCGAAUGAUUGACAGGGGAUCUUUCUACUGGCUGGAUGAUACUCCACUCCGGUAUUCAGCAUGGAGGGAUCCUGAACCCGACAACGAUGGUGAUGAAGAUUGUGCCACUCUAUCUUCUGAUUCAGACAUGGGAUGGCUUGAUAUUGCGUGUAGUCGCAAACAACCCUUCAUAUGUGAACGCUAUCAGGGUUACCAACGACACAUGGGUGGAGAGGAGUAG